GUUUGCGCAUGCGCAGUAUGCAGAUAGCGCAGAACUGCAGUUGUUGGUCACUGAAGGAGGUGAGACCUAUACCGGUUAAAGAUGACAACCUCUUGGAGUGAUCGGCUCCAGAAUUAUGCAGACCUUCCUGCCAACAUGGACGGUUCAUCCGUGAAGAAGUACAGAAGAGAGGUGCAACAGAGCUUACCACAGGAACUGGCCCACUGUCAUCCUUCUAUGAGAGUUUUUGUCAAUAGAAGUUUGGCAAUGGAGAAGAUAAAAUGCUUUGGCUUUGAUAUGGACUACACUCUAGCAGUGUAUAAGUCUCCAGAGUAUGAAUCUCUUGGCUUUGAUCUGACUGUGGAAAGACUGGUUUCCAUUGGUUACCCACAAGAGCUGCUAAACUUUGUCUAUGACCCUGCUUUUCCCACAAGAGGCUUGGUGUUUGAUACAAUGUAUGGAAACCUGCUGAAAGUAGAUGCGUAUGGAAACAUCCUUGUGUGCGCUCAUGGUUUUAACUUCCUGCGUGGUCCAGAGAUAAGAGAGCUGUACCCAAAUAAGUUCAUUCAGCGUGGAGAUACAGAGCGAUUCUACAUCCUCAACACACUUUUCAACCUCCCAGAGACAUACCUCUUUGCCUGCCUGGUUGACUUCUUCACUAGUUGCUCCAGAUAUACAAGUUGUGAGACGGGCUUUAAAGAUGGAGAUCUUUUCAUGUCCUUCAAGAGCAUGUUUCAGGAUGUCAGAGAUGCUGUGGAUUGGGUCCAUUUCAAGGGCUCACUAAAAGAGAAAACGGUUGAAAAUAUGGAGAAAUAUGUGGUGAAGGAUGCUAAAUUACCGUUGCUUCUAAGCCGAAUGAACGAAGUUGACAAAGUGUUCCUUGUUACCAACAGUGACUACAAGUACACAGAUAAAAUCAUGACAUACUUGUUUGAUUUUCCACAUGGUCCAAAAGCUGGUACGCCUCAUCGGCCCUGGCAGUCCUACUUUGACGUUAUUGUGGUGGAUGCCAGGAAGCCAGUGUUCUUCGGGGAGGGCACAGUCCUGAGACAGGUGGACACGUCUACUGGGAGACUGAAGAUCGGAACAUAUACAGGUCCCUUGCAGCAUGGCAUAGUGUAUUCUGGUGGUUCCUCAGACAUAGUUUGUGACCUACUAGGAGCAAAAGGAAAGGACAUCUUGUACAUCGGUGACCACAUCUUUGGAGACAUCCUGAAGUCUAAGAAGCGUCAGGGCUGGAGAACGUUCCUGGUGAUUCCUGAGCUGGCUCAGGAGCUGCACGUGUGGACCGACAAGAGCAUGCUGUUUGAGGAACUACAGAGUCUGGACAUUUUCCUGGCAGAGCUCUAUAAGCAUUUGGACAGCAGCAGCAAUGAGAGACCUGAUAUCAGCUCUCUUCAGAGGAGGAUUAAGAAAGUGACCCAUGACAUGGACAUGUGCUAUGGAAUGAUGGGAAGUCUGUUCCGCAGCGGUUCUCGUCAGACUCUCUUUGCCUCUCAAGUGAUGCGUUAUGCUGACCUGUACGCUGCGUCCUUCAUCAAUCUCCUGUACUACCCUUUCAGCUACCUGUUCAGAGCCGCCCACGUCCUGAUGCCUCAUGAGUCCACCGUGGAACACACUCAUGUGGACAUCAACGACACAGAGUCGCCCAUGGCCACACGCAACCGUCACUCCAUCGACUUCAGAGACCGUGAGUGCAAGAGACACCAGCUGACCCGCUCCAUAAGCGAGAUCAAUCCUCCACACCUCUUCCCCCUGACGCCACAGGAGAUCACGCACUGCCAUGAUGAGGAUGACGAUGAGGAGGAGGAGGAGGAGGAAGAGGAGGAAGAAUAAGCCUGUGGCAUUGCCGUUAACUGGAUUUGGGUUUUUAGAGAUGUGCCUGCGGUUUAAAUAAGUAUUAUCAUUGCAUUCACACUCAGCCAUAGGUUUUAUAGAGAUAUAAGAGAGGAUGUUUAUUUCUUGCAAAGCGUAUUACACAUAUUUUAGAGUUUAAGGUCUGAUGAGAGUAUGAAGCUAAAACUAGGUUUUGAUAGUUCUAGCUUCUUAUUUUUGAAUGAGGUUUACAGAUGGCAUCACUUUAAAACAUGGAAAUGUUAAUGGAGAAAAGAUCCAUUUAAACUGAAUUACAGAAUCAGUUACAAUUGAUAUUUGCAUGACAUUGAGGGAGCAAAUAACAGUUACUAGGUACGUCAUUGACUUAAGCUUGAGGAAAAUGCAUGAACACUUAUUUUGUGGCUCCAUGAGGUAUUAACUUGCCUUCAAAAUUUGGAUUAGAGCCAUGUAGCAUGCUGGGAAAUGUCACACCAACAAUGCAGCUUGCUCGGUAUCUGUCUGACUGCCUGUUAAGUGCUGUAACAUCGCCAUCUUCUUUUCAAAACUGGACGUAUGCAAAUUGGUGGCAUAUUAUUGGGUGAAAAAUGGAACACAUGCAACUGUUGCCAUUUUAUGCAGAGUGAGAUACAGGGUUUCAGGUUACUAGAUACUGAAGUGUAGUAAUGGUUUGGGAGAUGACGUCAACUCUGAAAUCUCCCUGUAUGCCUUAUGCACUCGCCAUGAUCACUGUGUUAAUAUUAGACUGUGAUUCUAGAGCUUAGAUUCAUUAUUUACUAUUUUUAUAUCCACUGAUAUAAAGGUUAAUUCAACCAGAUAUAUUGAAAACAAAUCAUUUUGUUUGAAGUAACUUUGUUUGAUAUUAGCGUAACGGUUAGUUUUUGGCAGUUGGCCGUGAUUUAAGAUUGAGAGCUGGUCUGAAUGUUUGACACAAAGCCUUGUGGGUGACAGUGGACCAAAGGGAAGCUCGUCUAUGCAUCACGCUCUGUCAUAAUGAACAUUUGUAAUUCAUACAGAAACAGUCAAGAUCCUGAAAUGUUGUUUUUGAUUGACAUGGUGCUCUGUUUAGCAUCAGAAGUGGUUUUGUCUUUUGUUGUUGUUUUAAAUCAAAAAGGGAAUUUAUGAUGGGUCCAUGUUGCUUUGGAACACCAUACCAUGUGCACUCAUAUAUACUGUAUUGGUUUAUUUUGAACAGUGUUGUUGAUUCUGCAUCGGAGUUCAACCAAAGCCAUCUUGCCAAUGUAAUAUGUGAAGGGACGCUUUCAUAACCAAAGACUGUUAUUAGUGUCCUUCAUUUAAAUUCACUGAUGCUGUUGAAUAUUAUUGAUUUUGUGACUGUGUGAUAGUGAUAUAGUUGAGUUUGUGUUAACCUAAUCAAACACCCCUCUACGUUUAUUUUUAGAUUUUUUCAUUCAGGUUAAAUAUGCUGUAUAUUGAAGUGUAGUAUGUAUGUGAUUCAUCUGUACUUUUUAUUGUUUGAAAUCUCUGGAUUUGUUUGAUUUUUUGUUUUUAGCCCAAGGUCUGUGAAUCCCUUUUUAAAAUUGUUUCCUUUUACUAUUGUUUCAUCAACAUGUUUUGCAGGAUUUCUUUUGUUUGUAUUAAGUUUAUGUUGUGCUUUACUGUAAAACGAAAUGUUAUGACAAUGUGGGAGGAUUCGAUCUUACUGUAGUUUUAAUGUAGAAAUAAAUCAGAAUGCUUUCAAGUCCGAAAUAUUUUCAUUUUUAUGUUUUCCAUUGUUUGCUACGCAGGAUUGGUUUUCAGUGCUUUGGCUUGUUGCCUAUGAAGAGAAUAAAGUUCCUGUCAUGCAGCA